ACAUCUUUUUACAUAUCUCUUCGAGUAACAAAACCAAAAAUAUAAAAAUAUAAUAAUAAUUCAAAUAAUUUCAAGUAUGAGUAAGUGUGAGCUUUGUAAGAGUAGCGCUAGGGUUUACUGCGAGUCCGACGAGGCGCGGUUGUGUUGGUCAUGUGAUGCAAAAGUGCACUCGGCUAACUUUCUGGUGGCGAGGCACGUGCGGAACCUUCUGUGCCACUCGUGCCAGGCUCCGACGGCGUGGAAUGGCUCCGGGGAGAAGCUUGGGCGGACGAUUUCGCUUUGCGAGCGUUGUGUUGUUGCAGGCUGUGUGAAGUUUGCGGAGAAAGUGGAGAGGGAGGGGGAGAGGGAUGGGAGCUCAGAGUCCGGAACGGAUUUUGAUAGUAGUGAAGAAGAUGAUGAUGAAAAUAUUCUUGACAAGAAGGUGUUAGAUAGUUGUAAUCAGGUGGUGCCUUUGGCGUCAUCCACGUCGCUUUUGCCGCCGGUUAGUUCUUCGAGUAGCGAAGAUCGAUCUCGAAUCGAUAUGAAUGUUUCUCUCAAGAGAUCGCCGGAUUUUGCAGUGGAUCUUAAUUCCAAGGAUGAUGUCGACAGCAGUUGCAUUGCCGGCGAAGAGAACUCACAUUCGUCAUCUCUAAGGCCUUUUAAAUUUCGAAAACUCGAAGUGAACGAGACAGGCAGACCACAAGGGACCUCAACUGGUUUACGAAUCUCAGAGAGGGCACGCAGGAUCCGUCGCCUUGGAGACGUGACUGAAUCAAUCAGAGGAGUUGGAGCUUACGAGUGUGUGGAGUUCGAUUUAAAUGAGUGUCCUUUUGAUCAGCACGAGUAGGUGUACUAGUUUUUAGAUGGACUAUUGACAACAUGCGUUAGUUAAGUAACCUUUGUUGUGUUACUAGAGUACUUACUAGUUACUACAUCACUAAUCCCAUCAUGUCCUUGUUGUAAUAGUACUACUACUAUUCUGUUUCCAAACUUUUUUACCUGUGUUUGCUUUUUGCACUGAAAUGAGAAAAGUUCCGUUUCUGCAUUUGAUGUA